ACCGCAUGAUAUCAGAUAAGGCAUGGGGUUUUUUAACUGCAGCAAUCUGGAGUCAUCAUUAUUUGGACAGAAGGAAACACUCAGGAUGUCUCAACCCAUCUGUUUGGGCCUGUUAUUCCUUGUGUCCAUCACAUGGACUGGGUCACAAAGCUCCCCACUGUCCCAGGACAUGGUUAACACCAUAAACAAGGCCAACACUACAUGGACGGCAAAGCUAAAUUUUGACAAUGUGGACUACAGUUUUUUAAAGUCACUCUGUGGAACCAUACUGAAGGGCCCAAGACUUCCUGAAAUGGUCCAGGUUGAAGGAAAAGUUGAUUUGCCAGAUAAUUUUGACUCCAGAGAUCAGUGGCCUGACUGCCACACAAUCAGCCAAAUCCGUGACCAGGGCUCAUGUGGUUCCUGCUGGGCCUUUGGUGCUGUUGAGGCUAUGUCAGACCGAAUCUGUAUCCACAGUGGUGGAAAGGUCUCAGUGGAGAUUUCUGCAGAGGACCUGCUCUCAUGCUGUGAUGAGUGUGGGAUGGGCUGUUUUGGAGGUUUCCCAGAUGCAGCUUGGGAUUUCUGGACCAAAAACGGCCUUGUGACUGGAGGACUCUAUGACUCCAGCAUCGGCUGCAGGCCCUAUAGUUUAGCCCCCUGUGAGCACCAUGUGAACGGUACACGGCCACCAUGCUCAGGUGAGGAGAAAACCCCAGACUGUGUGAAACAGUGCAUUGAUGGAUACACUCCCUCCUACGCUGAAGACAGGCACUACGGCAAGCGCUCUUACAGCAUCCCCUCUGACCCCAAGCAGAUCAUGGCUGAGAUAUACAAAAAUGGUCCUGUGGAAGCAGCCUUCACUGUUUAUGAGGACUUCCUACUUUACAAGACAGGAGUGUACCAGCACAGGACAGGAGCAGUCCUGGGUGGACAUGCCAUAAAGAUCCUUGGAUGGGGAGAAGAGAACAGCACACCCUACUGGCUAGCUGCAAACUCCUGGAAUAAUGACUGGGGAGACAAAGGAUACUUCAAGAUACUGAGAGGACAGGACCACUGUGGCAUUGAGAGCGAAAUGGUUGCUGGCAUUCCGAAGGUGUAAAAGGAAUUCCACUCCCACACUGAAAAUGUUUAAAUAUCAGUCCAGGAUGAUUGUUUAAUUAAUAUUACUACUUUCUGAUUAUCUGCACCAUGAUCAAUGUUGUGCCAAUUCACAUUUAACAUUAACUAGUUCAAUAAUCAGUUUAUACUCAUGUAAAUAAACUAGUUAAUGUUCAUAGUUUAUUCAUUUUUUUAAACUAAGUUCAAAUUAACUAGUUCACAUCCAUUUGUUUUUUGCCUUUAAUAAAUAGGCUGCUGUUCUGUUUCAGUAGAACUCCUUUCUACCCAUCCAUCACCAAAUCAAAAUCACUGCUACUCCUAAAAUAAAUUAAUCAUAUACUACACUCUAAAAAACAGAGAUAGUACACUGUUCAUAAUUGUACCCUCAAAGGUAUAAUACUGGUCUUUACAUAGUCAGAUUUGUUCCCUCUGCAGUACAAAGUAAUUCCUAACAGCAAUAAGUACAAAUUUGUACCAUUUAACCAGCCAAAAGGUACAUUCAGUAUUCUGCAUCACUGUACUAACAAACAAUAUAUAUUUUAUUUGCACAUUUUUUUAUUUGAAAGCCAGACAAUUUUGGAUUAUGAAGUUUUUGACACAUAUUCAAUUGAUGAUAAUGUUUAUAAUCUUUAUAAUCUUUACUGGUUCAAAAAAACAUGGGUACCUUUCACUGAAAGGUACAUUUUUGUACCUUAAUAUAAGGUACAGCCCCAGCGACAAGCUUUGUACUCUGUACAAUUCUGUACUUACAUUUCUUAGUGUGUAUAUACAUAUACAGUGCCUUCCAAAAGUAUUCGGGCCCCUUGAACUUUUCAACCUUUUACCACCUUUUAACAAUAAGUGGGACACAAUCGUGAAGUGGAAUAAAAUUUAUCUGAUAUUUUUUUACUUUUUUAGAAAUAAAAAACUAAAAAGUGGGGCGUGUAGUUCAGCUCCCUUGUGAUUAUUAUUUUGUAGCGCAACCUUUUGCUGCGAUUACAGCUGAAAGUCGUUUGGGGUGUGUCUCUAUCAGUUUUGCAAAUCGAGAGACUGAAAUUUUUGCCCAUACUUUCUUGCAAAACAGCCCGAGCUCAGUGAGGUUGGAUGGAGAAAGUUUUAAGCCAAUUUUAACCAUCUUCCCUGUUCCUGCUGAAGAAAAGCAGACCCAAACCAUGAUGCUGCGACCACCAUGUUUGACAGUGGGGAUGGUGUAUUCAGGGUGAUAAGCUGUGUUUCUUUUCAGCCACACAACUACCGGGUCUUGGUAGAUUUGCAGUGGCCUGAUACUCCUUCCAUUUCAAUAUGAUCACUUGCACAGUGCUCCUUGAGCUGUUUAAAGCUUGGGAAAUCUUUUUGUAUCCAAGAUCUCAGACCUGCCUGGUGUGUUCCUUGGUCUUCAUGAUGCUCUCUGCACUUUAAACAGAACUCUGAGACUAUAACAGAGCAGGUGCAUUUAUAUGGAGACUUGAUUACACAUUUUUUAAGAAUAAAUGGGUUUUUUUAUUUAUUUAGUUCCACUUCAUGAUUGAGUCCCACUUGUUGUUGAUUCUUCACAAAAAAUAAAAUGUUUAUAUCUUUAUAUUUGAAGCCUUAAAUGUGGCAAAAGUUUGAAAGGUUUUGCAAGGCACUUUAAGUGGUUGCAUUCUACUUUCCAAAAUUAAAAAAUCUUGGCCAAGUAGACAGUUACUAUUGUUAAUUUGUGUUUUUAGCCGUUUAGCUCCAAGCUUGGCUGUGCUUUUAGUUGUGAGACAGUGACCGAUGCUCACUUUCAUGUUCAUUAUUUGUAAAUUCAGGGUCCACAAAAAUAUAUACUUGUUCCACAACUUUUAGAUGCAAUUUUCACAGAUCUCUGCCCAUCUUUCUUUCUGAGAGACUCCACCUCUCUAAAAUGUUUUUUUUUUUAAAAAGGUCAUGCAAAAUGGUCCUCAGUUUUUUGGUAGCACUUAUUUUCACAGCCUGUUGUUUCUCCUGUCACAACUUUUGAGAUGUGUUAGCGCCAUUAAAUUCUAAAUGAGUUAAUGUUUUUCAUAAAAUGGUAAAAUGUAUUACUUUCAACAUCUGAUUUUAUGUUUUUUUGGGAAUAAAAUAUUGAUGACAAAUCA